AUGGAGUUUUUGCCUCCGUUUCAGCGUGUGGUACAGCCUGAAGAGAUGUGGCUUUAUAAAAACCCGUACAUAGAAGUCGAUCACGUACCCACUGUACCCAUGUUUUUCAUCGCAUUUCUGUCUCCCUUAUUGCUCAUUGUCCUGGCAAGGGUCUUCAUGAAUGACGAGCGAGAAGACACACGGGAAGCCUGCCUUGCUGCCAGCCUUGCUCUCGCCCUGAACGGGGUUUUUACAAAUGCCCUGAAGCUCAUUGUGGGGAGGCCACGGCCAGACUUCUUCUAUCGAUGCUUCCCGGAUGGACGAGCAAACGCGGAGCUGGUGUGCACAGGCGACCCUGGCGUAGUGACUGAGGGACGCAAAAGCUUCCCCAGCGGACACGCUUCAUUUGCCUUCGCUGGUCUCGCCUUCUCUGCCUUCUACAUAGCCGGGAAGCUGCACUGCUUCGCUCCUGGACGGGGAGGCAGGGCUCUGCGGCUCUGUGCCUUCCUCCUCCCCCUGUUCCUCGCCACCCUCAUCGCCGUGUCCCGCACCUGCGACUACAAACACCACUGGCAAGAUGUGUUGGUUGGCUCAGCGAUCGGCUUUGUGCUGGCGUACCUCUGCUACAGGCAGUAUUACCCUCCUCUGAUGGAUUCCAUGUGCCACAAACCAUUUCUGUACAAAUCCAAACAACUGCCAGUGCACCAAGAAAAGCCUGCAGCUUCCAGCUUUCACCUAGAUAUAUAA